AUGUCAGUCAACGGCGCGUUCUUCGGUCGAAACGCUGAAUUUUCUACCAUCUCUCGUGAUUAAUCUCAUUAUAUAAUAACCAUAGAAAAAUCCAUAGAAAAAGGUCGCAUAUCAUCGCUCAUCUUGCUGUAAGCAAUUAUUUCCCAUAUGGCACCAGCAAACGUAAGAAGACGGCAUUCAAGCUUGCCGCAUUUUGAAUCUGUUGUUAGGAUUUCAAAUUUUCCUAUUGUGGAAAGCGGUAUACAUAUUGCUGGCAAUGUGUACAAUAAAAUAAAGCGUUCAAAUUCUUUGAUGAACUGGAGCCUGGAUACAGCGGAACAGUCAUUAGCAAUUGCCACGUCAACAGCAAGACCCGCAUUUUUCGCCUUCAAUAGGCCAAUUACGACAAUUGAUCAACUACUGUGCAAAGGUAUCGAUAUCGUUGAGCAGAGGGUACCAUCAGUGCAUCUUCCUCCUUAUCUUAUAUAUUUGAAUACGCGAGAUUAUGUAAAUAACAGAAUCGUAAAACCAGUUCUAAUGCGCGCCGGGAGUAUGAAAUAUAUUGGUAAUCAUGCUGCGGACGCUGCCGCAGAUAGGUUGGAUGGUGCGCUUACGAUUGCGGACAAAUAUGUAGAUCGCUAUUUGCCAGAAGAAUCGACCGAUACGGUCGAUGGUACUAAAGCAGAUGAAGUCAACUUCGUGGAACCUGUGAGCAAAACUAAACGAACAAUCAAGCAUGGCGCAAGAUUCUCGCGAAAAUUACAAAAGAGAUUGACACGACGUACUCUGGUGGAAGCACGUGCGCUUAAGGAGCAAGGAACGGAAUGUAUUCAUGUCCUUUUAUAUGUGAUAGAAUUGAUAGCAACAGACCCAAAAUUAGCUUUGAAAAAAGCUAAGGAAUUGUGGACUACGUUGAGUUUGCCUGAGCCUGAAAAUCAGGCACGCCCAGCCACGCUUGAACAAUUGCUGGUACUUUUAACGCGUGAAUCUGCACGUCGCAUGGUGCAUCUGGUGAAUGGCACGGCGGCAUUGGCCGCUAGAACCCCGCGACGUUUAGGUCAUCUAUUCGUCCGACUUUCUCAUCAAUUACUUGCUGUUGUGGAUGCUUCAUUAAAGAUGACACCACUUAUAGGUAAAAGCAAUGCAGCAAAAGAACAAUUAUCUGUCAUACGCUCUGCCAUUGACAGGUUGAAUAGCACCACGAAUUUGCUAUUAGAAAAAUUUGCUGCGUUCUUGGCUGGUCGACCUAGCCCUCAAAAGACACCACACAUGCGAAACCACCAGCAGAACCAUAACAACCACAUGUCAGUGACUUCCAAUCCCCCCGUGAAUGGUAUCGAGUAACGAGUGAGUCCCGCCUGAAAACUGCUACGUGCGGAUUUUUUUUCUUCCGGUUUUCGAUUACAAGGUCGAAGACACGAGGAAACAGCGCCGAGAACCCACUAAUUAACAUGCAAAAUUUCAUCAGUCUGAUUACAUUAUUUUUACCAAAUUUUUACGAUUUUGUACUCGAGGGGAGGGAGAUACAAUAAUGUAGUAACAGAAUAUAUAAUAUUUACAUUGGCACAGUGUAUACGUGCCAUGCUUAUUCUGUUUCUUAACUUAGCUAUUCGUUAACUAACUCUUUUAAGUGUAAUUAAAAAAAUAAAGGGCCGUAUUGAUUAAUCAUAACACUGUA